AUGCAUUCUACCGUCUACGCUGGGCUGCUGUGCGCCCUGGCCGGCCAGUCGAUGGCCGUUGUUUGGGAGAGCGCGGCUGGAGGUGUCCCCAACUCGUGGUCGCUAGUGGAUAAGCCAUCUACCGAUACGAAUAUGGCUCUCUCGAUUGCCUUGACUCGCAAGAACUUUGACAAGCUCGAGGCAAAGCUCGCCGAGGUUUCGACCCCCGGCAAGGGCUCCUAUGGAAAGUGGUUGAGCAAGGAUGACAUCGACACGCACUUCCCCGUGGUGGACGAUGCUCCCGUCAUGAAAUGGCUGAAGAGCGCGGGCAUCACCAAUGUGGCCCGUGAUGGCGCCGUAGUGAGCUUCAGUGGCAGCGUAGACAAGAUCAACAAGCUGCUUGACACCUCCUUCGCCUACUACAAAAAUGGCGACUCGGUCAAGCUGCGCACCGCCGAGUACUCGAUCCCGGACCACUUGACCGACCACAUUGAUGUGAUCUCACCGACGGUGUACUUUGGCAAGACUCGCAGCGCCGCCCCAGCUCCAAUCAUGUCACACCAUAUCGAGGCUCGCAAGACAAUCACUACCGAGGUCGACGCUUCGUGUCAGAAGGUCAUCACUCCGUCGUGUCUGAAGCAGAUGUACAACGUGGGUGAUUACCAGGCUGACCCGGCAGCCGGGAGCCGCAUCGGGUUUGGCAGCUUCUUGAACCAAUCCGCCAUCUACGCCGACUUGGAGACAUACGAGAAGACCUUCAACAUCCCUUCUCAGAGCUUCACGGUGGAGGUUUUGAAUGGUGGUGUGAACAACCAGAGUGCCAAUGUGAACGACAUUGGGGAGGCGAACUUGGAUGUGCAAAACAUCGUCGGUGUCGCGCACCCUCUGCCUGUUCAUGAGUACAUCACUGGCGGUGUUGCGCCCUUUAUUCCCGAUGCCGACGAGCCAACUGAGGCGAGCGACUCCAACGAGCCGUACUUGAUCUUCUACGAGUACUUGCUCUCCAAGCAUAACUCUGAGCUCCCCCAAGUGAUCUCCAACUCUUACGGUGAUGAUGAACAGACCGUUCCUAUCAAGUAUGCUCAGCGUGUCUGCAAUCUGAUUGGUCUCAACACCCUGCGUGGCUUGACCAUUCUCCACUCUUCUGGUGACGAGGGUGUGGGCUCUGCUUGCCAGUCUCGCGAUGGCAAGACCCCCCAAUUCCAGCCUAUCUUCCCCGCCACUUGCCCAUACGUGACUGCUGUCGGCGGUACUUCCGAUGUGAUGCCCGAGGUUGCCUGGAAUGCCUCUUCCGGCGGUUUCUCCUCCAUCUUCCCUCGUGCUUGGUACCAAUAUCCCGCUGUUGAGGGCUACCUCGAGAAGAUCAGCAAGGAAACCAAGAAAUACUAUGGCCAAUACACCGAUUUUAACGGUCGUGGAUUCCCCGACGUUUCCGCCCACUCCCUGUACCCCGACUACGAGAUCAUCUAUCAGGGUCGUAAGGGCCUUACUGGUGGUACCUCCGCUGCCGCGCCCGUCUUUGCCGCCAUUGUCGGUCUUUUGAACGAUGCCCGUCUGCGCGCUGGCAAGGGACCUCUUGGUUUCCUCAACCCCUUCCUGUACUCCCUUGGCCAGAAGGGUCUUAACGACAUCACCGGCGGAAGCUCCUACGGGUGCGGCGGUAUUGACCCCCAGAGCGACCAGCCCGUGAGCGGCAGUCUGGUUAUUCCCGGCGCUCAUUGGAACGCCACCGAGGGCUGGGACCCUGUUACUGGUCUGGGAACUCCUGAUUUCCAGAAGUUGAAGGAUCUGGUGAUGUGGCUAUAA